CCUAUAAUUCUCUCAUUGUAACGUUAGCUCAAAUGGGUUCAAUUGGAAUUAACAUAAUUCAGACCAAGAGUUCAAAUCCGUGAAGAUCUUAAAAUCUGAAAUGAAUCUGUGUCUAUUUGCAUAUUGAAUGUGGCGAAAGACCUGUCUCAUGUGGUUUUGUUGAUGAAAACAUGACUUCUUUUUCUUCUAUGGUUCACCUAUUUUAUGUGGCUGUUGGAUCAACAAGCCGUGACAGAAUAAGAUUUAUAGAUAUAGUUUUAGUAGUUGAGACAUGAAGCGGAAGCGUGGUAACAAGAAAGGGAAAGCAAAGAAAGUCCCAGAUGCCUCAAUAGGGGAGGCUCCCCAAGAUGUUGAUUCAGAGGAAAAUUCUGGUUUGGAUGAGAAUGAAGAUGAGGCUGGAACUGAAAUGGAAGUUGAGACAUUAUCUCCAACUGGAAUUAACCAAACAGCGAAACAAGAAACUAUUGAUACUGAGGCAUUGGUUAAGAAACCAGCUGAAAAUCUGGUUUAUGGGCGUAUGAAGGUCAAGAUCAAGACUUCCAAAACAUUAGAGUCACAGCUUGGUUCUUCAGAUGCUUAUACACAGAGUGAUACUGAUAGAAGUAGCCUUCAAGUGGGUUUGGAAAAGCAAGGGGCUGUUAGUGAGAAAACAGAGGACAGUGCCAACUCAUUGCCAGAUAUAACUACUGCUAUUUCAGGGCAUCCACCUAAGAAAGGUGGAAGCAUAAAAAUCAAGUCUUCAAGGAGCUUAGGAUCAUCAGUCAUGAAUCCGUGUACUAGUGCCACAAUACUGCAUGCUGAUAAGUUACGCCAGAAAGAAGCUUCUGUUGAUCGACAUCUUCGACAUAGUGAGCAAGAUCUAAAUACUGCCUUGGAGGUUAUUAGAAAGAUCAUGAAAAUGGAGGCUGCUGAGCCCUUCAAUGCACCUGUUGAUCCUGUAGCAUUGGGAAUACCUGAUUAUUUUGAUGUCAUUGACACACCCAUGGAUUUUGGUACAAUAUGCAAGAAUCUUGAGAGUCGUUCAAAGUACAUGAGUUCUAAAGAUGUCUUUAAGGAUGUGCAAUUCAUCUGGAGUAACUGUUUUAAGUACAAUAAUAAAGGUGAUUAUGUUGUGGAGCUGUUGAAACGAGUGAAAAAGAACUUUGCAAAGUACUGGACAGCAGCUGGAUUGUACAGUGAUCAAUCUCAUGGGACUAGUGUCCUUGAUAUUACUGAUGCAAAGGAUGGUCCACCUUCCAGCACGGCCAAGACACCCAUGAAAGGUGGACAAUCAAAGGCUAAGGCAGGGAAACGUCAUGGGUUUAAGAAACACAAAGAAGACUGCUUGUGUGCUAUAUGUGUUAUGAUUCGGCGGAGAAAGGAGCGUGAAGAGAGUACUCGAAUUCUGGAUCCAGAUCAAGGAAAGAGCGACAGUCACCUGGCUCAAGAGGAGCUUUCACCUAUGGGUAGUCCAUAUACUUCAUCGAAUGUGGAUACGCCGCUAGGCCCCAACACUGAUGCUGGUGAAGAAGAAAAGAUGGAAAUGGAUUAUCAGCUACAUAAUCCUCCUCUAUUGAGAGGGGAGGAGGGAGAGGAAUUGGAGGAGGAAGAGGAAGAGGGGGAAGAAGAAGAAGAGGAAGAAAGAGAAGAGAAUCAUCAGGUUAGAGGAGAAGGAGGAAGUGAUGAACAUUCACCUUCAAGCUAUAGAUCGAAAGACGAACAGGAUAUGCAGGAUCUCCGCCCUCCUCAUACAACAGAGCAUGUUGAAAUUGACUUGACAAGAGAAACAACACCAAUGCAUGCUGAGAAAGAAACUACUUUGGUUGAACAACAGGCUGAAAAGGAGAAGAAGAAGAAGCAUAGAAGGGAGAUGAUUGAGAAGCUGAGGCGAUUUGAGAAUCCCAACAUGCUAGAGUUAUGCGGAAUUUUGUUUCCUAAGAAUCCAAGAUCUGUGUGGAAUGGGCCACAUUCGUUGGUACGGCAAAAGGAAUCAUCAUCGGCAGCGAGUAAUCCCAUUGAUGAUGCUAUUUCUAGUUUUAUGAGGUGAAUCAAAUUCUUCUUUUUAGCCUUUUAACAGAUUGAACCAGCAAACUUGCAUGUGGAAAUUUAAUGCAAUUUUAAAUGUACACUUACUGUUAGGGGGAGGAAGGGGGAUAUGUUUAUGUUUAGUGUGUCUCCCCACCCAAUCUUUCUUUUUACCCUACUAGCUAAGCUAGUAAAUGUCAUUUACUCUGAAUGUUUUCUUCAUUCUAUUUCAGUUUAUUAUUGGAUAUAAGCUGUUUUAUUUUCUUAUU